UUACUUUCCUGGAUGAGAAAGAGGAUAUUGAGGCCUCGGCUUAAGACGGGAUAUAGGAGAAUUGAAUGGACUUGCGAUUGCGGCGUGGAACUGUAUGGCGAUUUCGUCGAAGACAAAACAUCUGAUUUGGACAACCUACAAUCAUCCUUGAACACUCCCGUUGAGGACGCAUCUCCAAACAGCUCGAGUGAUUCGGAGCAGUCGGUAGUAACGCAGACAAAUCCGAGACGCCACCUGAGCUCAAGAUCGUCAAGCUCUAGCAAGACAGCCGUGUCAACCGGCAGUACAGACGCAUCCAGUAUCGAUAUAAUACAACCAAAGUUCCUCGCCCUAUGUAUCAAUACUGGAGGAAUGUAUAAAACACUAGCCGAAUUGGAUACAUCACGAAUAAACUCGGACGGAGAGGCCUUUUCGCAGAUGAAGAAGGCGUAUCUCCAGUAUCGGGGCAUGCGUUCCCGCCUGCGUUUCUUGAUCAAGCCAGUGACUGUUGAGUUUGUCCGAUUCACCCUAUGGAGUUUGCGCCACGGUUAUGUGUCGGUAUGUGACAGACCGAAUUCGAUGCCUCCCAACACCCGUAUCGACUACGACUUUAUACCUCCACCGAUGCCGCCCGAGGUCUUCGUGCACUAUCUCGAGCACGGCGAUGGCGAUCUUAGCCCGAAUAGAUACACAUGGCUGCCGCGACUCCCCAAGAGACUUAACAACAAGGUUAUGGACUGUGGAGAAGCGACCGAGGGCUGGGGCAUUCACGUCAUCGAAGGCCCGAACCGUGAGGCCGUGUUUUGGGUCCUUAUGGCCACCAUCUCGGCCAGCGUGGUGGCGAGUGUGCUGUGGGCCACCCUGGAAGGGGAUAUUCAGGGUGGCACGGGGCUCGGAGCCCUCAUUGUGGCCUUGCCACCGGCGAUAAUGGCUGCUUUUCUCUUUCGGCUAGGAGCA